AUGAAUAUGAGAUGUAAUUAAGCUGAUCAUCAAAAUCAACAAAUAAUAGGGUUUUGUAUAAGUAGUACAUGUCCAAACAAAAGACCUUAUUGUAAUUUUUGCUUGCCUAGCCAUAUUGAACAUCUGAAUAAAUUAACAUCUUUGGAACUUUCAUAGGAAUGGAUUAAAGAAAGAAUCAUUAGAGUUUGGAAUGUUCAAAAGAUAGUUUAAGAGUGCAAGCUUACUUUAGAUAGUCUUAUCAAUUUUUUCCUUUCUUCUAAUAAAUUUAAUUUAUAAUAAAUUCAAGAUUUGGAAAUUUCACAGAUUGACAAUUUAAUCAAAGAUUUAUGUUAUCUAGAAGAUUGCGAAGAAAACUUAUAUAAACAAGUUAAUGAAUAAAUCUAAUACAUAACAUAGAUUGGAAAUGAAAUUGCAAAAAAAAUCAAGAAUAUAACAAAUUUGUAGGAAAAAGAUAAUUUUUAAAUUUUAUAAUAAAAUUAAGAAAAACAGAUUUUAGUCUAACAAAAGCAUUUUAACACUUUUGAGCUAAUGUAUUAAAAUUCAAUUAAGUAAGAGGAACAAUGUUGUGCUAUUGCCUUUAAUACAGAUAAUUCAAUCGUAAUAGCUGGAUCUAAAAAUAACAUUAAAGUAUUUUAACAUAUAAAAGGGAGAUUGAAUUAAAUAUCAUUGUUAAGUGAACAUAAAGAUACUGUUUUGACUUUAAAUUUCAUGAAUUAUUCAAAUAAUUUCGUAUCUGGUAGUAAUGAUCAAUAGAUUAUAAUAUGGUAGAUGGUGAAACAAAAUAAAUGGAAAUGUUAAUAAAAAUUAAAUGGACAUACAAAUGCUAUAUUUUGUCUAUUGUUGAACUACUCAGAUGAUCUAAUUAUCUCAGGGGGUCUAGAUAAUACAAUAAAAUUUUGGAUGAAAUAGAAUCGAUGGGUGUGUUAUUAAAACCUAACAGAUCAUACUCACACUGUAUAUUCGUUAAGUUUAAAUGAAGAAUAAAAUAAAUUAAUAUCUUGUUCUUAUGAUUAAUAUAUAUUAAUAAUAGAAUAUUCAAAAUUGAAUAAAUAAUGGAGUGUUACAUAAAAAAUUAAAGUAAAUCAAUUCGGGUAAAGAUUAUGUUUUAUUAACGAUUAAUAAUUUGCAUUCUAACCUUUUUGUAAAGACUAUUUACAGAUAUAUGAGAUGGAUAGAUAUACUAAUUAAUAUAAGAAUAUUAAGCAAAUUGCUGUUAAAUGUGGUACAUGUAGAGAUGAUAAUUUAUUUCCAUAAUAAUAUUUGAAGUCAAAAUGCCUUUUGGUGAGUAAGAAUGGCAUGUAUAUUAAUUUAAUAAGAAAGAAAGAAAAUGGAGAUUUUAUACUAGAAUAAUCUAUUCAAUUUGGUACUUAGAGUAGUUUUGGAAAAUUAACUGAUGAUGGAGAGUAUCUGAUCACUUGGGAGUCUGAAUUAAAGGAAAUGCAAAUAAGAAAAUAUUAAGAAUGA